AUGUUGUUCAGCAAAACCUUACUCGUUUUACUGCUGGCGAUCCUGGGUACCUCAUGGUUACCAGACGGCAGAAACAAUGGAUUAGCUUCUGCUUGGUUUUGGAAUACGAAAACCAAAAUUCAAAUUGAAUGUGUGAAGAAUAACGUUUCUACAGGAGUUACCACAGAAGUCCCCAAAGAAGUUAUCAAAGGAGGUACCGCAAAAGUGCUCACGAUUGGUGAAAUCCCUCAGGAAGAUGAUGAAUUCGCGCCUCUGACUGCUGGCAUCUGGGUCGCGAAUGAAUAUUAUCGGUUACCCAACGCACCUUUUUACAAAGUAGAAAUCAAGGAGGGCACAGCACGUUCGUUUACACACGUUCCGAAUCCUUACUAUAGAGGAGGAUCGAUUAUUAUCAAAGAUUAA